UUCCAGCUAGCUGUGUGUGUGAGAGUGUGUGCAUGUGUGUAUGCGUGUGUGCGCGCACGCCUAUCUGAUGCAUUUGACUGUCUUUUAUCCAACUGCCCAGAAGCAAAUGUGUUACCUCGGCGAUGCCCCUCCAUGCCCGGGUUCUCGCUGAGCGCAGAGGACGCCCAGACCCAUUUUCCUGGCUGGAUACGGAGCGGCUGCCGGGCUGUGGACCCAGCAGGUGUGCGGAUUGCUUUACCCAGAGGCUUGGAAAGCAGUGUUAACCUGCUUCCAGGUACAUCACAAGGUCAAGAGAGGGUCUUGAAGCCGUCUUGUUUCCGUUCCUCGAGACUUUACCGUCUUGGCCAGACAGGCUAUUUACGUUUCGGUCCACAGCAUCUGAAGCCAAAAGUUCAGCCCUUCCAGGAGCUGGUUUGCUUUACAAACAAGGUAAUGAAGAUUGCUUUGCAAACUGCUUGACAGAAUUCCUGACUUUCCCUCCACGUUUUCCCCGCGCCUCCCUCCUCCCCACCAAAAUGUCACCAGCUCUUGAGUCGCAAGGAUUUGGGUUAGAGGAGAACUUGAAGGAAACGUGAUCUAAAGGCUAUGGGAGAACGCUCUCUUUGCUUCGCAGCCUGUCGCGAGAAGGACCAUUUCCCUCCUUGCUUCUUCCCCGUGCGGUGCCGGCUGUGCGUGUGCAAGAGUGAGUACGAGUGCGCGCGCGCCCGGGUGCGAGUGUGAGUGUGUGUGUGUGUGUCUGGGUGUGCGUGCGCGGCCGCCCUGCCUCUGCCCGCUCCCCGGGCGCGGAGCCGCGGGUUUCAUGGGGCGAUCGGCGCGGAUCCCCCAACCAGCGCGACCUGCGGGCAGCGGCGGCAGUGGCAGGAGCCACCUCUCCGACUCCCUAGGAUGCGGGUGCUGAGCUAUGGCAAAGGGCAGCGAAGUGACGAGCGAGACCAGCGUACGACUGUGAAAGCCACCUGGAGCCACCUUGCUGGGAUUGUACCUGCAGGCAGAAAGUCCUCCUACGACCGUCUUUUCCCCUAGAGGCACCAGAAUCCCUGUAACCAUUCAGCCAGGUGCUGAGAAGAUCCAUAGCACCAGAGCUCCCUUCCUCUGACAGCAUCCUCAGAACCAGCCUUGGAGAUGCUUUCACCCUGUCCGUCUUCUGCAGCAGCUAGGCAGAGUGCUGACUCCUUCACAGCAGUGAGGAACUCUUCAGGCUCCAGAACAGUAUGAAAAUGUUCCUGUUCCUAAGAAAUUCAAGCAGCAAAUAGGCUCUUAAAUCUGAUCUACAAUGGAAAAAUUUCUUUUUUAUCUGUUUUUCAUUGGCAUAGCAGUGAGAGCACAGAUCUGUCCAAAGCGUUGUGUCUGUCAGAUUUUGUCUCCUAAUCUUGCGACCCUUUGUGCCAAGAAAGGGCUUUUAUUUGUUCCACCAAACAUUGACAGAAGAACUGUGGAACUGCGGUUGGCAGACAAUUUUGUUACAAAUAUCAAAAGGAAAGAUUUUGCCAAUAUGACCAGCUUGGUGGACCUGACUCUAUCCAGGAAUACAAUAAGUUUUAUUACACCUCACGCUUUUGCUGACCUUCGAAAUUUGAGGGCUUUGCAUUUGAAUAGCAACAGGUUGACUAAGAUUACAAAUGACAUGUUCAGUGGGCUUUCCAAUCUCCAUCAUUUGAUAUUAAACAACAAUCAGCUGACUUUAAUUUCUUCGACGGCAUUCGAUGACGUCUUUGCCCUAGAGGAGCUGGAUCUGUCCUAUAAUAAUCUAGAAACGAUUCCUUGGGAUGCUGUGGAGAAGAUGGUUAGCUUGCACACUCUUAGUUUGGAUCACAAUAUGAUUGACAACAUUCCUAAGGGGACUUUCUCCCACUUGCACAAGAUGACUCGGCUAGAUGUAACAUCAAAUAAAUUGCAGAAGCUACCACCUGAUCCUCUCUUCCAGCGAGCUCAGGUACUAGCAACCUCAGGAAUCAUAAGCCCAUCUACUUUUGCAUUAAGUUUUGGUGGAAACCCCCUGCAUUGCAAUUGUGAAUUGUUAUGGUUGAGGCGUCUGUCCAGAGAAGAUGACCUAGAGACUUGUGCUUCUCCUGCACUUCUAACUGGCCGCUAUUUCUGGUCAAUUCCCGAGGAAGAGUUUUUGUGUGAGCCACCCCUCAUCACUCGUCACACACAUGAGAUGAGAGUCCUGGAGGGUCAAAGAGCAACCCUGAGGUGUAAAGCUAGGGGGGACCCUGAACCUGCAAUUCAUUGGAUUUCUCCUGAAGGGAAGCUUAUUUCAAAUGCAACAAGAUCUCUGGUAUAUGAUAAUGGAACUCUUGACAUUCUCAUAACGACUGUAAAGGAUACAGGUGCUUUUACCUGCAUUGCUUCCAAUCCCGCUGGGGAAGCAACACAAUCAGUGGAUUUACAUAUAAUUAAACUCCCUCACUUACUAAAUAGUACAAACCAUAUUCAUGAGCCUGAUCCUGGUUCUUCAGAUAUUUCAACUUCUACUAAGUCAGGUUCUAAUGCAAGCAGUAGUAAUGGUGAUACUAAAAUGAGUCAAGAUAAAAUUGUGGUGGCAGAAGCAACUUCAUCAACAGCACUAUUAAAAUUUAAUUUUCAAAGAAAUAUCCCUGGAAUACGUAUGUUUCAAAUCCAGUACAAUGGUACUUAUGAUGACACCCUUGUUUACAGAAUGAUACCUCCUACGAGCAAAACUUUUCUGGUCAAUAAUCUGGCUGCUGGAACUAUGUAUGACUUGUGUGUCUUGGCCAUAUAUGACGAUGGCAUCACUUCCCUCACUGCCACAAGAGUCGUGGGUUGCAUCCAGUUUACCACGGAACAGGAUUAUGUGCGUUGCCAUUUCAUGCAGUCCCAGUUUUUGGGAGGCACCAUGAUUAUUAUUAUUGGUGGAAUAAUUGUAGCAUCUGUGCUGGUUUUCAUCAUCAUUCUAAUGAUCCGAUACAAGGUUUGUAAUAAUGGGCAACAUAAAGUCACCAAGGUUAGCAAUGUUUAUUCUCAAACUAAUGGGGCUCAAAUACAAGGCUGCAGUGUAGCACUGCCCCAGUCCAUGUCCAAGCAAGCCGUGGGACAUGAAGACAAUACUCAGUGUUGUAAAGUUGCCAAUGACAGUGUGAUUCAAUCUUCAGAGACUUGCUCGAGUCAGGACUCCUCUACCACUACCUCUGCUUUGCCUCCUACCUGGACUCCAAGCACAUCUGUGUCCCAAAAGCAGAAAAGAAAGACUGGCACAAAGCCAAGUACGGAACCACAGAAUGAAGCUGUCACAAACGUUGAGUCCCAAAACACUAACAGGAACAACUCAACUGCAUUGCAGUUAGCUAGCCGACCUCCGGAUUCUGGCACAGAGGGGCCCGCGUCUAAAAGAGCACACACAAAGCCAAAUGCUUUGCCGACUACUGUUGACCAGAUGGUCCAGGAGACACAGAGGCUGGAGUUAAUCUGAAGAACACCAUUUCUUCUCUCUCUCCUGAAAAAAGUUGCCACUGAUAUUUUUACUGGAAAAUUAAAAAAUGUUUCAGUUCACAAAAGCUAAAUGUUGAACUGAUGUCCUAAAAGAAAUUGUCCACAGGAGCCGAGGUGGAAGUCUCUGAUGCCUGCGGAACUGGCUCCAUCAGACCAUGGUUCAUCCCCUUUGGAAACCAAACCAAAUUUUUUUUUUCUUCUGGCCUACAAAUAUUUUUUUUUAAGAUGGAAAGAAAAAAGCCUACAUUGGCAUCAGUUUCUGUAUCAGUCCAUCUUACAUUGCCAUCCAUGAUUUAACAGACUGUAGAAUCUUGAAUAAUCUAUAUCACUUUAACAAAUAAAUGUUUUACUAUGAUCAAAUUUGCACAUUGCUUGAUUUGUGGAAAUACUUUCUCUUUUAAGUGUGAGUGGUGAAAUGAUGAUUGCAAGAAGUAAUAAUACUCUUUUGAAUUGAGCUAACGCAAAAACAUUAAGGGGUCACAAAUUGAUUUGUAUUACAGGAAUUCUUUCUCCCAUGAGUGAGGAGCACCCUCUUCCUUGGGAGAGCAGUUCAGUAACUUAAACAAAUGCAUGCCAACUGCAUGUAUCAGUGUAAGACGGGAGCUGAGAAAGCUUGUCAUGCCCUAGUGGAACUUCACAAAGACCGAGGUAGGCAUACUGUAAUUAGUCCAAAUCGAUCCAUUACUCUUUUAGAGUACAAAGAAAAGGGGAUUCUACUAAUUCAACACUACAUUUUAUUAUAAGUGCCAAUUUCUCCAACUCUGCCCAAUUACAGGGUAAAUAAAGAAUGUGCAUCUGAUUUACACCAUUAUCAUGACUGAGAUUAUCAUGAUGAGUAAUAAAUGUUAACACAGUCAUAUUUAAGCUGUAUGCAAGCACUGACUUUUACGAGCUUGUCCUGGGUAUGAAGCAAGCCUGAACAGGGGAUUCGGACAGUUAUUUAUUCACUAUAAUCUCCUAUAAGAUAAUAUUAGUGUGAAAUUUGAAAAUGUCUGAAAAUUAUCUAAGUAUUUCACAUAAGAAACAAGCUCAAUAAAAAAAUACUUUGAGUAGCAUUGUUUCUACCAAUUGAAUUCAAAAUCUCUAAAUUCAUUGCCGGUUCUGGUAAUAAUUAGCAAUCUAAAACAAUAAUUCAGAAUAUAAGAACUAGAAUACUGUUUGCUUCUUGGACAAAAAAAGAGACUUGUUUAUUUAUUUGAAAGGUAGAGAGAGAGAGAGAGAGAGAGAGAGAGAGAGAAUGAAUGAAUAUCUUGCAUGCACUGGUUCAAUCUUCAAAUGCCCACAAUGACUGGGACUAGGCCAAGCUUAGCUCAGGAGCAAGGAACUCCAUCCAGGUUUCUAAUAUGGUUGGCGGGAGCCCUAGUACUUGGGCCAUCUUCUGAUGCCUUCCCAGACCCAUUAACAGGGAACUGGAUUAGACUGGAGCAGUUGGGUCUGUAAUCUGUGUUGUGAUGAGUUCCAGUGUUGCAAGCAACAGCAUAAUCCCUGUGCCACAACACUGGUCCUAGAAUACUGUUUGCCUUUUAGGGAAUUUGGGUUAAUCUGUUAAGCAUGCUAUAUAUCCUGAAGUAUUGCAAGUACAUAAGCCUCCAAGGAAAGAUUGCACAAGUCAGUCAGGAGCAGAACUGUGCUCAGGAGCCUCACUCUCCCAGUCAGCAGUCCAAAUAUGUGCACAUGCAAGCACACACUCUUCCAGACACACGCCGUGCAUGAUUGAAACCAAACUCACAGAUUUUGAUUGGACAAUUCACCUGUCUCUUGACAACAUGAAGGCACUGUAAUAAUUAUGUUUCUGUGUAUGUGUGUGUAUAUGUACACAUAAAUAUUUAUCAUGAUCAAAAGGAGACACAUUGAAUAAGCACUGCCUCUGUAAAACCCUUCCUAGUGCUUUUUUCCUCAAACACAUGAAUAUCAGGAAUGGAAUAGUAUUUCAGGGUCAUGAAGAAUGGAAAGUGUAAUGUCUCUGAUGUGAAAAAUCUGUUCUUAGAUGUGGUUAUCUUAUUUGUUUCUACAUUCUCUCAACUUCUUUGGAACUGAUUAUUGCUUUUCUGAUGGUGAUGACAAUGCGGUGUUCAUGGCCUGAGCUAUCACCUACUUUUGCACCUCUUUCAGAUAUUCCCACUUUUUUUUUUAAUAUCUUUUGAACCAAGGAACAGUAUUUUGAAUAUGUUAGAACUAAAGUUAAACUCAAUUACUUCCAGUACUCAAAAUGAAUUUCCUAAACAUAAAUCCAAAACUUCCAUUUAUGCUUGCAUUCAAUCAUUGACCAGGCACUCAUAGUCUAUAUAUUUUCUUUGCUUGAGGUUGUUUAUUAAGAAGAGUGGUACACAAUCGGAUUCCCAAGUUGUGAAAUAGUAAAAUAUUUUUGUGGAAUACUAUUUACUACUUUUUCCAAGGAGAUAAGAGAACAUAGAUGUACAGCCAUAACCAAAUAAGAUUUGUAACUGUCUACAAAUAAAUAUUCUAUAAAAAUAGCAAAAUAAUAUUUUGAAGAUAUGAGGAGUCUAUUUUAGGUGAACAUAUUAUGAUAAACAGGAAUGAUUUAAUGUAUAGAGUCAAGUCUCAAAGGUAAGGGUAAUGGACGUUGACUGGGAAAUAUUUCUAUUUAUCCUGUAACUCUACACUGAGCAAUGUAGAAGUAAUUACCUGUCAAAACUGUUAGUAGGCAUACAUAUAGCUCAAUUUAUGUCAUACCUUAUAAUGCAUUAUAAAACAUACCAAGCACAUAUAUAAGAAACUCAAAUAAAACUGUCUUAUGUGAAAGUAGACUGAGAACUCUAAUUCAUAUUUAGAGAAUCUACAAUCAUGAUUUUUUAAAUUGAUAAUGAUUUGUACAAUUGCAGACUGGUAAUAAAUGGUGGUAUUGAUUAAAAGAGUAAUUUUCACAUUGAAAUAAAGCUCAAA